UUAUUCUUCAUUCAUACAGUCAGCUCCAGCUCAGGUUCGCACAAAUUUCUGCCAACCAGCCAGCCGCUCUGUUUUGUCAGUCCAGAUUUAUGUAUGGAGCGAAAAACACGCGGUUCUAAGACAUAUUUGCUGAUCGACCGGCAGAGACCUAUUCAACAAUCGCGUGUUUAAAAUAUGUUUUUCUAUUAUUUCGCUGUCUGCAGCUUGUUAGACGAGAAAGGUUCCAGAAAUCUGCAUCGAGCCUUGGAUUCGAAUUUUUGUGCUAUUUUCAACCGUCUAUCGUGAGGUCACUCGAAGUGGAAGCCUACCCUAGUUUGCUAACGUUGGCAAUUUUCUCGAAUUUAGUUACGAAGCCUCACAUUUUCAUAGUGGAAGUAGCGAGAGCGUGGAAGGUUCUAAAAUAAUUAUUGAUACAAUAUGGUGGCGAAGAAAAAUUAUUAGCUGAGAAAAAUCAAUUAUGAAAAGUGUUCAUUGUGACAUUAUGAUUUCUGUGUUUUGUUUGUAACCAAAUGAUAAGGUCGUGCUCGACUAGUGAUAACAACUUUACCGGAGGCAGAAAAAAAAAACUUGACAGCAGCUGUACGUACUGAUUAAAACGUCUGAUAUACCUGGCGAGAGGGUAAAAAAACCCCUCAGUACUCAAGUGUUGGUGUCAAAUGCACUAUUAAGCUGCCCGCAACGAUUAUAGAAAUAAAAAAAUACCGGUAGUUUGAGCCACCAUCGUCGGUUGCAGUUGAAGAGAGAUUGAAAAACCAAAACGCCCGAAUAGCUGCAGCCGAUGACCAGAAGCCACAACCAAUGGUGGUGGCCGAGUUUGACGUACAGGUGUCUCUAGUAGUGGGAAACCCAUUCCGAUACCGGGAUAAUGUCCGCUUCCAAGCCAGUAACGCCGCUGGAACACCGGCGAGGGUUCCCGGGCGAAAGCGAAAACACCAGGAUUCCGGUGCUGUCGCCGACCCCGUUUCGCCGCUGCCAUUCGCUGCGGAUGCGCACUAGCCGCAGUUUCCACCAUGACUACCAACAUUACCGCGAGUGUGACUGUGGUGGUGCUGUUGCUGGUGGCCACCUAAUGAUGCAUCCUUCAGCGAAUUUGUCCGGUCCGUCGUCCUCCGGGGUAAAAGUGAAAAAUGCCCUUGCCAAUGGGCCGAAAUCGCUUCACCAGCAGCGCGGCGCCACCAUGGAGCCAUUCGGAUCGACCGACAAGCAAAUUUCGUCGCCGUCCGCCGGCAAAGAUUCUGGCAGUCCUCAUCUACCCAAUGGAGUAAUCGGACAUCAUCACGGAUCCUCGCACAGCAAUGACGGUGGCAGUUUCCUGGUGGUGCAGAAACCUUCAUCCUCGCAGUCGUCGACCAGGAAAAACAGCCUGCAGAAAAAUGAACGGGGAAUGUCUUUGAAUCUGAUCAGCGCUGGACAUAGUGCCAGUUGCAGUAGCAGCGCUCAACGAUCACCCCGUAGACCCCACACUCCCAGUGAGUCUGCCGGCCAGCUGUGCUCCCACAAAAGCGCUCUCAGCCCGAAAACGCCCCCGGUUUCACCGGAAUCACCGGUCACCAGCUACUUGGAUGACGAUCUGGACUCGCUGCACAGCUACAGCAGUUCGGUGGCUAGCGGAAUGUCGUGCGAUCAUCCAUACGUGGCCCGCAACGGGACCACCUUCAGUGGCCGUAAGAUGAAAUACGUAGUACACUGUUCGAGUCAUGCCGGACAAACAGGCGAUAGCUACUUGACACCGACUCAGCGGGCUCAGCGUCAGAUUCGACGACUGAAGGAGCUGCUGAGCCAAUGUCGCGUAGAUCUCGAGCAACGUGAUAGUGAAAUUUUAAGACUUACCAAAGAGGUUGUGGAGCUGCGGCUCUUCAAGGCAUCGCUCAGUUCCCCGGAGGAACGAUCGAACUCCAGCGAUGCCGUAACGGUGCGAGAAAACACUACCAACGAUGCGAAUACACCAAGUUCGCAAGGUGUAUCGCCAAUUGUCGAUCAAACGGAUGACGGUAUCGUGAAGGCUAGCCCUCGACACCAUCUCCACAACCAUGGCAUCCACCAGGUGCAGUUCAUGGACAAGAUGUCCACGUCGGAAAUGCAAAGCUCGUUUGCCGAUUCGGGUCAUUUCGAGGACAUCACUACCUCGUCGAUCCACUCCAAGGACUCGUACGUACACACGCAGGAUCGUGCUUGCGGCAGUGACGAUGACAUCGAUGCCGAGCGAAAACGUUUGGUGGAAAUGUACGAAACCCGUAUCGAGGAACUGAUCAAGCAGCAUCAAUCGGACGAACAGGAAAUCCGCAUGUCCAACAACGACCGCAUCGAGGCGCUGCUUCAGAAACUGGCCGAGUCCAAUAGCAGAUACUGUGAUUUGGUCCCUGACCACGAGAUGGCCAAGGAACGUAUCCGAGAGUUGGAGAAACAGCUCGAGGAACUCCACGCCCAGCUCCAGGAACAGGAAGGCAAAGCGAACAAGAUGUAUCUGCACAUGUACACCAAGGGUCAGGAAGUGGAGCGGCAGCAGCAAGCGGAUCGGGUCAUGGACUUGGCACGUCAAUCGCCCAGUCGAGUUUCGGUUCCGGUGUUGAUGCAGCAGCUGCAGGUUACCCAGGAGGAAUUGGAGAACAUACGGGAUGUUAACUAUCAGGCAGAGAGCAGCUCCUCGCAGGUUUUACUGAGCGCCAAGGAAGCUAUCUCGCUGUGGCUUUUGGGCGCCCGGAAGACGAUGUACAAACGGUUGUCAGAUGCCCAGCAAACGAAGAACAAGGUAGACCCAGAAGUGACGCUGCAAUUCCUGAAGAGCGCCAUCUACUAUUUUCUAACGGACAAGGAAAAUUCCCAGGGUCACCUGAAUGCAAUCGAGAGUAUUCUAGGCUUCUCGGAGACCGAACGGUCCAACAUUGACAAGGCGCGAGCUUACAAGUGAAACCAUCGAAAAACAAAAAUAAAAAUGGCAAAACUAACUUACUGAUCGAAAAAAAAUGCAUAAGUGCAACUGUUUACGUAGAUAAGAUUUUAAAUGUUCACGCCAAUUCUCUUCAACAAUUAUUACCGCAAAAGAUAACAUCAAAAUAUAUUAGGCAAACGAAUAGAAUGAAAGCAAACAAUUGAACACACAGUAAACCAAACAACGGGAAAAAUGUGAUUAUUCGCAGACUAUUUUGUUACUUUAUGUCACUUUAUUAUAUUUUAAAUGGUUCCUUUUUAAUAUUUAUUUAGCACAUUACCAAAUAAAAAAAAUGAGUAGCUUACUGAAUAAAGAAGCAUUUUAACCCUAUCCCUAACCUAGAAAUGUAUUCGCUCCAACUUCUAUCGCACCUUCUAGGUUUCUGGUCCUUUCUCUUUUUUCGAUGCAAUCUCUCAGUGAAUCUUAGGCAAGUAUUGUUAGGGUAAAACAAUUUCUGGAGGUAAAAAAACAUAAAGCUUUUUUACAUAUUUACAAAACUGAGCGACCGGUAAAGACACAAAUUUUGCAGAAAUUUUCAUAUUUAGCAAAAUUCCCUUCAACUAUUUUCCGAAAACGGGGAGAAAUAAAGCAAUUCGUCCAGUCAAAGAAUAUUGCUUCCGAAGCAAAACAUAGCCGCAUGUAGAACGUUUCCAUAGCUCUAAAAUCAAUAGAUGCGCUUUUAGCUAUCAUAAACCAAAAUAGCUAGAACCGUUUUUAAGUUACAAACUGUUAACCGGUAUUGAACAUUGAUUUUUCAUCAUUUUUUUCCGCAGAAGUUUAUCUGAAAAAGUUCUACAAUGAAUUGUUUGAAUCAGUAACCAAAACAAAAACAGCUACACAGAACGUAGAAAGUAUAAAUAUAUUCCCCACUUAUAGAUUUACACGAUUUACCACACCAUUCGAUGUAUUCAAAGAUUAACCUAAAUUUGGAGUGAGUUGAUAACAUGAAAACCCACACCAAAUAUUAACAAAAAUCGAGGUUUGUUCCUAUUCCCAAGCAAAAUCUGAACUUAAAUUAGAAAAAAAUCAAAAUAUUGCCGAAAGCUUAAAGUUUACUAAAGAAGAAAAAACGAGAUUGGUAACCGAAGGAACUGAUUAGAAUGAUAGAGCUGUGUGAGCUGUGAGGUCCGGAACAAAAAAGCUGGAAACGUUCGCGCGUUUACAAAACCGUUGUUGUCUACUUGCAUAUUGAAGAAAUUUUAUUCAAGUGUUACGUACACACACACAAAUACACACAUGACCCUCUACUCUAAAUGAAAGGACAAAAAGGAUACACCAUAAUCUAGGCAAAUCAAACAGUUAAUUAAUAAAUAUGAAUGAGAUAA